AUGACUCUUGUGCAAAAAUCAAAAUACUUGGAUGCCCUUCUAUCUGAUAUCUGCAUCAGCACAUCCGCUGCUCCAACCUAUCUUCCAGCCCACUACUUCACCAACCAGGACGAUGAUGGAAAUGUUAGAGAAUUCAACCUCAUUGAUGGUGGUGUUGCUGCAAAUAACCCGGCUUUGGUUGCAAUAAGCCAAGUGACCAAGAAGAUAUUUGAGCAAGACCCAGACUUCUUCCCCAUCAAGGCCAUGGACUAUGGUCGAUUUUUGGUGAUAUCAAUAGGCACUGGCUCUGCAAAGGUGGAGAAGAAUUACAACGCAAAAAUGGCAGCCAAAUGGGGAGUCUUGGGUUGGUUGAUUCAUGGAGGCUCCACCCCACUAGUUGAUGUGUUUACUCAAGCAAGUGCUGAUAUGGUUGAUUUUCACAACUCCGUUUUUUUCCAAGCUCUUCAUUCCGAAAACAAUUACCUUCGAAUCCAGGAAGAUACGUUGAGUGGGAAGGAUGCUUCGGUUGAUGUGUCCACCAAGGAGAACUUGGAAAAGCUGGUUGAAAUCGGAGAGAGGUUGUUGAAGAAGCCGGUUUCGAGGGUGAACUUGGAGAUGGGCCUCUUCGAGCCAAUUGAAGACAGUGGCACGAAUGAAGAUGCUUUGAAAAGGUUUGCAAAACUGCUUUCGGAUGAAAGGAAGCUUCGAGAGCUGAAAUCGCCACUCACCAAGAAUGGCUAG